AGUUUAGAUGGCAGCAGAGCAGUGUUUUGAUUUAGUACCUUGCAAAUAUUAAACACAAAUUUUACAAUACAGGGAAAUUCUAUUUGUUUUACAUACACAAAAUUAGCUUUUUUCAGUAUAAAUCAUAAUUGUAGUACUAUGUAAAAUAUCAUACAUUGCCUAAUGUUACAGUGUUAAAUAUGACAGUAAACUCAGUGCAAAUAUUUACUAAUAAGAAAGAACAUUUCCAAUGUAAUAAGAUAUAUUUUCAUAAAUUUGAAUGAUAAUUUGUAGGUAAAGUACAAUGUCAAAUAAAUUACACUCAGUCAGAUAGAAAUUGAAAAAAUAUGGAAGCACAAGACGAUUGCACUGUUCGAAGAGGACAGCCGAUUCGUCGUUAUCAAAAUGAUUACAAAGCUGAUGGGCAUACAUCAACUUCAAUGAUGACAAAUCAGCCACAAUAUUUGAACGUUAGUAGACCUACUGUUCGAAUAGCUGUAUAUUUAAUGACUGGAGUAUUCUUAACAAUGGACAUUGAACAAAAUUUUACUGCACAACAAAUUCUGGCAUUAAUACAAUCUGAAGGAGAAUUAGGAUUAACAAGAGCUUCGUUGCUUACUGGUCAAACAGUGUUUGCCUUGUGGCUCUGUUCCUCCAGCUUAGAAGUUCAAUUACGUCCAAAUCACAAGCCCAUAGAAUUAGCUGCAAAAUGGAAUCGUUUAGUAAGAAAGUAUAGUUCUCAAAAUGAAGAGUGUGAUGAGGAACCUUUACUCUUUCUUCGAAGGAAUGUGUUCCUUUCUAGAGUAGAUGAAGAACAAAUAAAAGAAGCUAAAGUGUUAGAGUUGUUGUAUGCAGAAGCUAGAAAUAAUGUACUGCAAGGAAGAUAUCCAUGCGAAGGACAAGCUCGAUAUGCCAGUUUGGGUGCACUACAAGCUCGUAUUGAGCUAGGCCCUUACAAUCCACAAAGUCAUACUUUAGCAUUUUUCAGAAGACAUCGUGGUAGAUUCUUACCACAUCAUUACACAUCCCCUAGUUUACUGUUAGGAUUAGGUCUUGGAUUAGGAUUGGUGGGAGGGAAAGGAGCACCGGAGGCACGACUUCUUGAACAGUAUAAGCGAAUACCUAAUCACACAGGGACUAACGCGAAUCCGAGAAAACUUAUUAGAAAGUAUUUGGAAUUCUGUUGGAGUUUACCGUGCUAUGGUGCAGCAUUUUUUCAAGGACAGAUUGAGCGUCCUGUAAGAGGUUUAGCAUCAUGGAUCACGAAUCGCGAUAUGCAAGUUCUUAUAGCUAUCAAUUCAUCUGGAGUGUACAUUGUGGAUGACAUGCAAUGUAGUUUAUUAUUGGGUCUGAAGUACUCAGAACUCAGUUGGGAGAUGGCUAAACCUUCUGAUGAAAGUAAUUUGGAUUGCCUGCCUUGUUUAUUUCUCCAAUUUCCCGUGCGUGAGAACGGAGCACGCGUUUAUAAAAUUCUACAAGUAUUCUCGAGACAAGCAAUAAUGAUGGAUACAUUAAUCUCUGGAUUCGCUGAAGAAUAUCGCCGCCAUGGGGCUAAUGGUGAUGUUGCAAAUGUUGAACGUUUAACGGAUCAUUCAAUAGGUUCGAAUACGGGCAGCUUCACGAACAAACUUAGCAAAUUUACAUUAGCCACCUUCGAUGACGAAGGUCGUUGUAUUGGACAAAUGGGUUCUUGGUCUUUUCAAUGAAUGAUCUUGUUUCUAUUGAGACUUGAGUUGUUUUUUAACUCAUACAAUAGAAAAUGUGCUCCGAAGUACUGCGAGGUGCGAACUCUGUUCUAAGUGGUCCACCAACAUUUUGUACUUCUGUGGAACUAAAUCUCUGUGACGGUUCAAUUGGGUUUCUAAAGUUAUCAUGUCAAAAUUGACUUUGUUCAUUUCUUCUAAUAUUUCUUCUUCUUCUUCACGGGUUAAUUCUUUGCCCUGUACAAAGAGUUUUUAUGAAACGUUUGUUUACAUAAAUCAUUUCACAGAAAAGAAACAUGUUUCACCUGGAAUAAUAAUUUUUCCUGCAGGCCCGUCAACUUUCGUGAACAUUCGUCGAAUUUACGUAAGAUUUUAUUUGCUCUAUUCACGAGUACUUGUUUAUAAUCGUUAAGACAUUGGAUUCGUAGUAAGUAUGCCUGUUGUACAGGUAAUUCCUCUGGAUUUCCCAAACGUGCCAAAUACGGUCUCAUAUAAUCAACGACAUCCAUCAUGGAUUUUUCACUUUGAACGCGAGACCAGUCGCGCUGUGUUCAACAAUCAGAAAUUUUAAAUAAUGAAAUUGAUAAACAAAGUAAUUUGGCUAUCAUCGUUUCAGUACCAUAAUCUCGACCAUAGAUUCCUCGUCUCGGAUUUUAUUGAAUAUAGAUACUAAUAACUUCGGUGAUAAAUAUUCAUCAUUUCUGGUAUUCAAAAAGUUGGACACUUCAACUUCAGCACUUCUGACAGAAGUUAUAGAUUGAUCCUCCUCCAUAAGUUGUGCGUCUAGUUCACAAAAUAAUUCAAAAGCUUUGUCAGGUUCAUUCAAAGGCUGUAAGAAUCAAUAGAUAUAAUGUGUUUUUGAUUAAAAUUGUUAUUAACAAAGUUGCCAAAGAGCUAACAUUAUAUCCUUGUGUCAUGGUAGGUUUCAAUAUUAAUCUGUCUCCCCUUUCCGCAAGUGGAGGUUUUAUGUACGUUCUAGUUGCUCUGCUGUAUUGUCCAGUUUCAUAAUGGUACGUCAGUCGUAUUUCACUUUCAUCGAUAGCAAACUCACGAAUUGCUAUAUUCUUACUGGCCUUGAUCGCUUCGUUUCUGUUAAAUUCUUCUACUAUUUUCUGUAAUUUGAAUUACGCGCUAUAAAAAUCCCGGCUUUACAAAGUAAUAAAUUCUACUGUACCGAUAUCUGCCGGUAAUGGAUGUCCUCGGAUAAAGGAAUAUUCUCGUGUGAAAACUCCACGUACCUGUUCCCAACCAAUAAAAACA